AGGAAGAGGUGAUUGUGUGCGUAUGGCAGUGUUGAACGUGAUUUUUUUUUCGGAUGUGAUUUGCUCAUAAGAUGUUUUGAAAAUUUCCGUUUGAAAUUAGUAUAAUCAAUUUCAUUUUCUUUUUUGUAUUGUGAAGUUAUUUUAUGUUUCAUAUACUUUAGAAAUGAAUUCAAGCAGAGCUAAACGCGGCGGCGGGGGUUCCCGCUAUUUUAAGCAUCCUGCACCUGGGGGCUCUAGGACAAUGAACAGAAGCGAUAAACGAAAAUCCCCGUCAAAUGAUCAAUAUGAUUUAAGAUCAUUCAUUAAAUCUAAAGAAGGGCGAGAAUUUUUAGAAGAUAUUGAUGCUUCUGCUCCUGACACGUCCAAUCGAAAACUCAGCUGGGCUGAACAAAUUGAAGCUGCUGAGAAGGCCUAUGAGGAUACUUCUGUAGAUUCUCCAAUGAAAAGCCUGUCUGUGGUAAGUCCUGAAAAAAGAAAAAAUUAUUCUGCAUCCGCCACUCAGGACAGGUUUAAAGAAGUUGAAAUAAGUCCGCACUCAAAAUCUGGUAAAAAGCGACAAAGAAAUCGAGAACAAGUGUUAGAUCUAGUUCAGCUGAGCCCAAGUCUAGAUGGUGUUAAAAGGCGACUUGGUUGGAAUCGCAAAAAUUUUCCUGAUGAUGUCAGUACAACGUCUUCUAGUACCAUGUGCAGUUCUGAUAACGACAGUGAUCGAUCUAAUAAGCAAUAUGAAACCGAUCCUGUUGUUCUUGAACGACGUCAAAAGCAAAUAAACUAUGGGAAGAAUACCAAAGGUUAUAAACUGUAUUUAGAAGCAAUUCCCAAGCAUAAGCGCACUCCUGAUCAUAUAUUUACUCCAAAGAAACAUGUGAAAUACAGCCGGAGAUCUUGGGAUUGCCAAAUAAAAAUCUGGAGAAAAAGACUGCAUGAAUGGGAUCCAAAAUCUGAUAGUGAAGAGGAAGAAGAUGCAGAUGUCGACCUUUCAGAUAUGGUUGGAAUGAUUCAAGAGUGAUCGGUUGUAUGCUUGCAUAUUAUUAUUUAGAAUACCAAUAAACAAAACUUCCUUCAUUAUUUUUUAAAUGAUAGAGGUUAGUUUAGAAGAACUGUUUUAUAUUCUACAGAAUGUUUACAUUUUUUUAAAUGGAUGUCAAAAAUUAAUUUUAGCUCGAUAUUUAGUAAAAAAUGUAUUUAAAUAAAUUUUUAUUGACUAUUUUUGCUUUUGUUUAGUUUGAUUUUGUGAAAGAAUGUUUUUCUCAAUUUUGACUGCAUUACCUAAACUGGAAAGCUUUAAUAAGCUCUUGAGCAUAACUUAUCAAGUUAGAUUUAACAGACAAAAUUUCACUCAUGCUCUUCUAUUAUUUUCACCCACCUAUUGUAUUAUUGUAAAGAGAUUAUAUUGCUAAUAAUGUAUAUAAGAAACUUUAUAUUGCAGUAUAGUUUCAUAUAUCUUAACCAAUAUAUAAAUAUUGCUUAUAGCACUAUUCAUAAUUUUUGAAAGGUUUGCAAUUUUAUAAUUUAAUAGUUAUCCAUCUACUUACAAUUUUCAUGGAUGUUUGGUUAUAUUAAUUAAGAGUAAUAUGCAUUAAAGCAUGCUGAACAUUUUUAUUCAAAACAUAUUCAUUAAUAAAAAAUUACCUUAACUUGUUAUUUACUUAUACCAUGAUACAUUGUUAUAUAUAUAUUUUUUUUUGUUGAAGUUGGACACAUAAAUUUAAAGUAUUGAUAGGAGAAAAAUGUCUCUUUUUAUAUAUCCAUUACAAAAAUUUUAAAUUUCACUUGCAAAAAAAUUUAAAUAUUGAAAUAAGCCAUUCCUUAUGAUAUGCAUUCUAUAAUUGAUCAUUUUAAUUUUUACUGAAAACUUUUAAGAAUUUUUUUACAUGACUUGUGAAAAAUGCACUCUAAUUGCUUAUUGUAUCUUAUUAGUUUUUGCUGUUUUGUGAAACAAAAUUUAUCCCAUAAUUUAGUUAUUAUAUUAAAGGAAUUGACUUAUGGUCAUAAAUGCGGACUGCGUAAAGCAAUGCGGGCCUUUUAAAAAUAUCACUACCACUUUUUAAAGUGCUAAAAGAAUAUUUUAAAUUCUGUGUUAGUAAUUCUUAUUAUAUAAUUUUGUUAUAUCUGUCAUAUUUAAAAUAUUGGUAAGGUAUAUGUAUUAUAUAAUCAUUGUGUGUUUUUAUUGUUGAAGUGUACAUUUUUUAAAAUUCAAGACAAAUGGAGAUUUUGGCUUGACAAAAUUUGUUCACUGCUUGCUGUCUCCAAGCAUAAAAUAUUAGUCACAAUUUUUUUAUCAAAUAUGAUCAAUAUCAAAUAUAAGCAAUGGUAUCAGGAAGAUGUUUGAUGAACUUUUCAACAUUUAGUCUGAUUUUGGAGGCAGGCAAAAAUUUCUUGUGAAAACUAAUGUCUUGCCAAUUUUUCUAUUAAAAUGCUAUGUUUUUUUAUAUUACUCUUAAAUAAGAGGUUUAUUUAAAAUUAUUAAACUUUAUAAUUCAGUAAGUUGUAGAUUAUAAAUUCUAAAAUGCUGAAUUAUCCUGAUAAAUGUGUGUCCAUUUUAUUAUUUUUAUGUUGUAUGUUAUAUUCAAUGUAUAUUCUUGUAGAGCAUAAUAUGCAUUAAGAUUAUGAAAUUGUAAUCAAAACUCAACCUAGUGGUUUUAAGAUUUUGUAUUGAAAAAUGAGUAUCUAAAUAUUUUAAGAGGAAUGUUUUCAGCUCAUAUGGUUAUUUAUAAAUCAUCUAUUUGUAUAAUUUAUUACAUUGGUAAACCUAUGAAGUUAGAUAAACAUCUUAUAAUGUAUAUAAAAAGGGUUGAAGUUUACUUUAGGUACCUUCCCCCCCCCCCAAAAAAAAAACACGACUGUUUUUUACUUAUCUCUUCAAGACAAUGCCCAAAAGCAAAUAGUGCAAUGUGGCAAUCACCAAGUGGAGUGUUAUUGUUAGUGGAACUACUGUCUGUUUGUGUAGUCAUAUUAAUACCAAGGAUGAAUUGGAAUUGGGCAAUUUCAAUUCUUAAUGAUAAUUAUAUUAUGUAUUUUUUCCCUUAGUAACUUAUUUAAUAUCUUAUAUUAGAAAAUAUUUUAUGACAAGUACCAGUAAAAAGAAAGGGGGAAACAAUAGAAGAUUUUAUUAAAAAAAUUCAGAAGUAAAAUUUUGUAUUGUUACAUAUAAAGGAGAGUUAUAGUUUUUUAACGGAAAAAGGAAAAUGACAAUUGUAUUUACAUGUACAUAUUCCAUUCUUUAAU